GCGAGAGAGAGAGCGAGAGAGAGAGAGAGUGGGGAGAGGGAGAGUGAGGCACAUAGACACAGACAGAGAGAGAACUAGUGAGUGAGAGAGAGAGGGAGAGCAAGUGAGUGAGUGAGUGAGCAACAGAGAGAGAGAGAGAGAGAGAGAGAGAGACUCGCAGAGACGCUGAACCUGUGUUCAUGCCUUCAGUGUAGCGGAGCGGGCGAUGGAUGUGAGAUUUUAUCCUGCACCCCCUUCCAGCGUGGGCUCCUGCACGCUGCCUGCCGAACCCAGCCUCGCCUCUCUGGACUAUUACCACUGCAACAAGAACAGAUACAGUGUAGGAGAUCGUGCUAGGCUGUACAGCGGUUUCCCCGUGAGGCCCAACCCUGACGGGAAAAGACUGCCCUCUUCAGGGUUUGAUGGUGAAAACAUGUACAUGAAUGAAAACAACCAAGAGUUCCUUUCCCCGAGUCAGGUAAGACCACAGAACUACUCUGGUCAGGGUGGGGGCAGUGGGAACGGAGGAGGUGGGGGUGACGAGGAUUACGAGAUUCCACCCAUAACUCCGCCAAACCACCCCGAGCCGCCUCUUCUGCACCUGAUGGAUCCAGAGUCCAGCUACCUGUGUCACUCCCUGCCACACAAUGGCCUGAUCAACCCCUACUCUUACCCCGAGCUGCCCGCCCUCAUGAUGUCCAACAUGCUGGCACAGGACGGACACCUGCUCUCCAGUCAAAUGCCCUCGAUGCAGGCGCUGGCCGGGCCAGAUGGCGGCCGCUACCCCCCGGCCUGCCACGCGCCCAUGCUAAACAGGUCUCCUAGGAUACUGCCCCACCCCAUGAGCGCUCUGUCCCAGCUCAGCUCUCAGAUUGGCCGAGGCUCCUAUACUCGUGGCUCCCCCUCGUCGCCGGGAAGCCAGUCGGCCACACCCUCCCCUUCGAGCUCCGCCCAGGAAGAGGAAGCAGAUUACCACACGAAGAUCACGGGGGAGAAAAGACCCUCCACAGACAUGAUGAAGCCCAAGCCCAAACCUCAGAAGAAGAAGAAGAAGAAGGACCCCAAUGAGCCUCAGAAGCCGGUCUCAGCUUACGCUCUCUUCUUUCGGGACACUCAGGCGGCCAUCAAGGGCCAGAACCCCAACGCCACCUUCGGGGACGUCUCCAAGAUUGUGGCCUCCAUGUGGGACAGUCUGGGAGAGGAGCAGAAACAGGGGUAUAAGAGAAAAACAGAAGCGGCUAAAAAGGAGUACCUGAAGGCCCUGGCAGCGUACCGAGCGAGCCUGGUUUCCAAGACCUACAAUGACCCAGUGGAGAGCAAAAAUGCCCAGUCCAGCCAACCCUCGUCGCACAUGAUGCCCCCCAACCCACCGCUGUACAGUGUGCCUCCCCAGCCCUCCUCCCCCUACCUGGGCCCGAGCCCCUUCCCUCUGUCCGACCUGCAGAGCUACGCGGCCGGGGCGCCCCGCCACGGCCUGCCACGCUCGGCCAUGCUGCCCGCCCUCAGCGCCUCCCCACCUGCCUCCUUUCAGAUCAGCCCCCCUCUCCACCAGCAGCUUUCCCUGCACCAGGGCUCCCUCCUCAACCAGCCCAUCCGCAUGCAGCAGGUCCAGUCACAGCCAAUCAUCUCCCACCAGAUGGGCCUCCAGGCCUCCCUCCACUCCCCGCCCCCAGGCCAACAGGGCUUCUCUCACUUACAGUCAGAGUAUCAGAAGACUGUGGGGGGCUCUCAGUCUCCUGGGGCUCCGAACCCAGUGGGACAGAACCCUGAGUGGGACAGUGAGUACUGCAAUCGGGAGUGUGGAAACCACUGCAGUGGCAGCAUGAUAGGCAGGGAGAAGACACUCUACCUCACUUGAAGUGAAUUGUGGAGGAAGAAGACAAAAAAAGUGAUGAAACAACACCAGGGAGUACCCUACACCUCUCCACCCUUCCCCGACACCCUCUGUUUUUCCUCAGUGUCAUUUUGCAUUCGUUUUUAGAAGGAUGUGUGCGCGUGUUCUGAAGACUACUAGUGAUCCUCUCAUUUUUUUGCCAAGCACUUAAAAUGUAUAGGCCUCCCACUGGAGACCUUCCAGAGCACUCAUUCUUUCUCUGAAUAAAUAAAUUAAAAAAAAAAGACAAAAAAGAGAUAUAUUAAAGGAAAAAAAACAAACAGACAAACUACCGUAAAACUGGCCCUCAGGGCGAACGAGCUUUAACUAAAACAGAGGAAAAACUCUCCUCCUCUCGGUUACUUUUUUUUUUUCAUGCUCUCGUUUUAUGUUGGUUUAUUUAUUUCUUGCUUGCUACAUCGCUUUUUUUUGCCAAUAACAGGUCCUGUACUGUAGAGAAAUACUCUUCUGAUGAAGUCAUCAAAGGCCCACAGCUUAAUGUAGGUCCACCUGAUGCUCUGUGAAUUUCGAGAAGAUAUUAGUAAGGACAGAAAAGAAAAAAAAAAGAAAAACAAGUGAAUAGAUAAAUGAAUUUAACAACUUCUUUUUGUAAUUUUUAAAGACCUCCAUAGGUCUUUAAUGAUCUGUCACAGUGUGAUUGUAAAUAUCACUUUUUUUGGGAUCAAAUUGGGAAAAUGAAGUCCAGAUAUUUUUUUCUUCUUUAAUAUGACUUAUAAUUCAUUAAUUUGUAUUUUAAAUGGUAUCUUGUGAGCGUGUGCUGAUAGGUGACUGAGCGAACGCGUGCGAGUGUGCUUGUCUGUAUGUAUGUGUGUGUGUGUGAGAGAAUGUGUGAGUGUGUGAACGAGUGUGUGUGUGUGUGUGAGAGUGUGCAUUGUAAACAUUGAUCAGCCUGUGCAGGUGAUAUCAGAGGAGUGUUUCACAUAAACACAAUCUUGCAUUAAAUCUGUGGUCACUGGUUGGAUAUUUAAAGAUAGACGGUUGGCCGAAACCAUCACUGACCGCGUGACCUGGCUCCGCACUCGGGUUCCACGCGCUCCGGCUCCGCCCGCGUCGCUCACGUGGAAACCUUUACUGCCCGAGUCUGAUUCUGUCGAGCUUUGUUUUAGGGAAUAAAAUCUGGAGCGAUUUGAUUGGCUGUUGUGUCUCAGGUUGUACAUUUCAGACGGGAGAACAUUUGUAUUGGGGAACAGGUUUAAAGAGAUUUAGACCCCCAGAAUAAAGACAAGCGCAGGUCUGGAUGAAAAGGCAAAGCUUUUGUCUAGUCUGACUGAUGAAUCCACACCAGGUGAACUAAACCAUGCUCAAUGUGAGAUAUUACAGCACACAUUUAAAAACAACAGUGGGUCUAUAGUUUUCUAGUAGCUUUGCUAGGUGUUAUAUUGUGUUGAUCUCAUCCUUAAGUUUUGUGAGGAAAAAAAAUUACAUUUGAUCAUUUAGUCAAACUUUUUCUUUCUUUCUUUCACUGUAGCAUAAUAUUUUAGUUUGGGAAAAAAAAAGAAUAACUUUUAAGACAUUUAAUUUGUGUACAAACCUGCCAAUUGUAGUUAUUUUAUUUGUAAAGCCAGUAAUGAUAAUUAUUUUAAAUUGUUACCAACUUAUCUUUUUUGCAAGUUGCCCAUCAGUUAUUUAAUUGUUUAACAGGUUUCCUAUCUAUUUAUGAACAAAAUGAGAUCAUUUUUUGCUUAUAACUACAUUAUUUGAAUUUUCUCGUUUGUUUGUUUGUUUUUUUGUUUUUGCUCUUUUUUUUGGUUUGAUGAUGAUUGCUUUUUUGGGGUUUUUUUGUUUUUUACUUUUUGAUGCUGGCCUUUUCUUUCCUUGCCAGCCAGGUCAUUUUGUGUCACUAUGCCUUUUUGUUUCAUUUGUCCGUAAUAAAAAAAUGUUAAAGGUGAAACAA